CUGUGCUGUCUGCGGCUGGGCCUGGCAGUGACAAACAGACAGGACUAUAAGAGCUCACUGCUGUCGGUCAGAGUUCCACAUUACUGACAGACUGCCACCAUGCUGGAGAGACUGGCCUUCCUGCUGCUGCUGGCAGCCUACGGUGAGUAACACACCUGCCUCGGAGCACUAAGGACAACAUAAUGCUAAUAAAAACAUAUCAUCAUGACUUCUGACAUGGCCAUUUACAUGUGUUUCACGGGAGGAUAACAGUCACAAAUUGUCACAAUAACAUCUGCGCAAAUAUAUCAUGCUACUAACCGUGGAUGGUAUGUUUCCCAGCAUAUGGGUGUGGUACUCCCACCUUCGAGCCCAACACCAACAGGAUUGUGAAUGGAGAGGAUGCCCGCGCCCAUAGCUGGCCAUGGCAGGUGAAAACAGUGAAUUACUUCCCUGUAUAAGUCCAUUGAACCAUACAUUAAUCAUGUUUGUCAUUAACUGUUGUACUCUCUGUGCAUCUGCAUCCUUAGAUUUCAAUGCAGGUGAAGCAUGGCAGCCGUUGGCAUCACACCUGUGGGGGCACUCUGAUUGGCUCUCGCUGGGUCCUGACUGCUGGACACUGUGUAUGGUAAGUGCCAGUAUGGGUCCAGAGAAUGGAAGAAUUAGGUAUUACUAGAGAAUGUGAGUAAAAAUAGGUCAUUGAGGUCACAAAUGUGAAGCAGAACAUUGGUAAAGUAUAACUAUAGCAUAAGUCUGUAGAUAUCAUUAAAGAUAAUGUUUCUCUGUGAUGUUUGGCGUGUCCUCCCCAUGCAGGCCUGGAGAUGUGUACCGUGUGGUGAUGGGAGAGCAUGACCAGAGUGUACAGGAGGGAACUGAGCAGAUCAGAGACGUGCUGCGUAUUCUGGUUCAUCCCGACUGGGACAUCAACAUGGUCGCUGCUGGGUGAGUAUCCAUCUGAUAGACCAAAAAAUGCUGAUGACACAGCAACAGCUAGCUAUUACUAUUACCAUCACUACCAUGAUUAAACUAAUGCCACUACUACCACCAAUAGCAACAUUAUGUCUUCAAAAACAACAUAGGAUACCGCAACUGUAACCAUAAUAUGCAAACUAGCAUGAAUGUGGAUGACUACAACUAUAACAACUAAUUUUGUUUUCUCACAGAAAUGACCUUGCCCUGCUGAAACUGGACAAGGCUCCCAUCAUGAAUGAGAACGUUGGUCUGGCUUGCCUUCCUAAGGCAGGAGAGAUCCCUGCUCAUGGAGACGCAUGCUUCAUCUCUGGCUGGGGAAACCUCUACAGUAAGAUAUCACAUUAUGAUACAUCAUUCUUCUCUGUGUUACGUAUGAUCAGAUAGAUAGAUAGAUAGAUAGAUAGAUAGAUAGAUAGAUAGAUAGAUAGAUAGAUAGAUAGAUAGAUAGAUAGAUAGAUAGAUAGAUAGAUAGAUAGAUAGAUAGAUAGAUAGAUAGAUAGAUAGAUAGAUAGAUAGAUAGAUAGAUAGAUAGAUAGAUAGAUAGAUAGAUAGAUAGAUAGAUAGAUAGAUAGAUAGAUAGAUAGAUAGAUAGAUAGAUAGAUAGAUAGAUAGAUAGAUAGAUAGAUAGAUAGAUAGAUAGAUAGAUAGAUAGAUAGAUAGAUAGAUAGAUAGAUAGAUAGAUAGAGGCCACCCAUAUGAAAAAUAUAUGAAUGCACUAGUGUAAGUUGCUUUGGAGAAGGGUCUGGUAAAUGGCUUUUAUUAUAUGUUUGGCUGUGUGGAGACUGUGGGCUUGUGGCAUGUGAAGUUUCAUUUAAGGCUAUAUUUGCCUCUGUUUAUGUUAAGCCACACAACAGUUUUAAAGGGAUAGUGCGAGAUUUUGGCGAUUAAGCCCCUUUUCUACUUACCCAGAUUCAGAUGAAUUUAUUGAUACCAUUUUUAUAUCUCACCGUGCAGCAUGAUAGCUGUACCUGUAACUUCCAGUCACUGUGCUAAUGCUAGUUAGCAAUGGCUCAUGAAACUACAUUCAAUUUCCUUCAAAAUGCACGCAGUUUGGUAUCCAUUAAUCUGUCUGACUGAGUAAGUAGAAAAAGCUUUUAGUUGCCAAAAUCUCACACUAUCCCUUUAAGAUAUAUGGGGUGUGGACAUAUACAAUAUAAGCCUAUUAGUGAAUAUGAUACAUAGACAUACUGUACUGUAUACAGAUGUACGUAGGAUCAUAAUUUGGGCCAGUUUGCUACAGCAGAAAAUAAUCCUGCAGCAACAGGAAAUGUGAAUUAUUAUGUGAAUUAUAAUUAAUGGAAAUUUUUUGUAGGGGUUGAUACAUUUUUCUUUGGGCAAAUUAAGGCUGACAUUUUAAAAAGUGGAAUUUACAAACUUUAGAAGCCUUUUUAAACCUUGAAUACACUACAAGUUAGCAUUUUCUGCUGUGCAGGAAAAUUCUCAGCAACAAAAGAGUGAUCAAAUGAAGAUCCUACAUCUGAGGCCUGUGUUUAUGUUCUAGUGUAUAGUGUCUAACUGUACCCUCCCUGUCCUGUUCUAGCCCAUGGUCCCAUGCCUGAUAAGCUGCAGCAGGCCCUGCUGCCCGUGGUGGGGAACAGUGUGUGUAGGCAGAGUGACUGGUGGGGCAUGGUGGUGAAGGACACCAUGAUCUGUGCUGGAGGGGGUGAAGUGUCGGGAUGCAACGUGAGUCUUGAAAUAUCUUGAGAUCACGUUCUUAUGAUAAUACAGUAAUAUUACUUUCACCAUAACCUGUAUUUCAUAAUAACCAAUGUUUGUAAAACACUUUCUCUCUCUCCCCCUAUCCCCCUCCCCCCAUCUCUCCUAUCCCCCUCCCCCAUCUCUGUCUACAGGGGGACUCUGGAGGUCCUCUGAACUGUAAGGGUGCUGAUGGUAAGUGGUACGUCCAGGGCGUGACCAGCUUUGUGUCCUCUCGUGUCUGCAACGAGGUGAAGAAACCAACCGUCUUCACCCGCAUCUCAGCCUUUACUGACUGGCUCAGCAAUGUAAGUCCUGUAACAAUACAGUUCCCUCUCACCUCUGACCUAUAGCAUGCUCACCCACUGUUCUCAGAUCUGUGUAACGCACAACAAAGUAACACAUGAUUUGUAACAUACAAAACAUGUUUUUCUUAUCUCCUCCUUAGACAAUGCUUUACUAUUAAGGAUCCUACAGUAUCUCGGAGGCCGGCAGAUGACCA